UUUAAAAAUAUAAGUCACCACCACACACCCUUACUCUCUGUUCUCCCUCUCUGCCAGCUGAGGAGCCUGAGAUUCCUGCCAAGAACAACAUGGCCUGACGUCACCCUCCAAAUAAGGAUAUUCCACUUCACUUUUACUAUCUGAGGGAGACGGAGAGAGACAAAUAGGGAGGGAUAGAGGGAUAGAGAGAGAGGGCGAGAGGGAAAAAGAGAGAGAGAGAGAAAGAGAGAGAGAUAGUCCCCUCCUCCCCAUUCAUUCAUACACACAGACAGGAGACGAGUAAUAUACUCUGCUAGCUAACUGUUUGUCAGCUCAGUGCACGUACAGUAGAGUGGUGUCUCGAUUACCCUUCUCCGCACAGUCACAGAGCGGGCUCUCGCUCUCAUUCAUUCACAAUCUCUCUCUCGCUCUGUUCCGCGCUGUCUCGCUCGCUCUCUCUCUCACUCCGUCUCCCAGCCUCUCUUACUCACCCUCUUUCUGUCAGAUGUGGAGGGGAAACCACCUACCACCAGCUGAAUGAUGUAACCCACUUCCCAAUAGGAGAGAUGUUGGUGUUAUCUCAUGGUGGUAUCUAUCUGCAGACUACACCAUCAGGGAGUCCUCUUGAGUGAGGACACAGACAUCCAACAAAAAGUCCUGAAAACUGGAUCUGAAGACGUGAAGGCCUGACACAAGGACGGGUUCAACCCAGUAUCUGAAUACCGGACAACAGGGACUAUCUGAGGGGACUGGCUCAGAGACUCAGAGGGCAGAGUUGUUUAUUCUGGGAGUCAACAGAGCUCCGAGAUGGGAAGCUUCUUUGGCUCAGGAUGGAAAAGGACUUCCUCAUUACCGCAUGACAAUUCACAGUUGUUGCCCAGGAUCCGUUGAAUGAAUGGCUUGACUGGAGUAAGUACUAAGUAUGAGUACAGACACCCUGAAAUCCAGUACAAGACAGAUAUAACUAAGGAACAAAAUAGUCAUCAUACAUCAAUCCUAGAGUCCGUUGAAUGAACAGGCUUGACCUGUGUGGCCUGCCUCAGGCGGAGGGAUCCCAGGUGUCUACCUGAGGUUUUUGUUCCGUUUUAUGGAGGCGUUGCACAGCUGCAGCCACUUGCCGACUGGGGAGCAGUCCAGAGGUCAUGACCAGCCUCAGCCAGGAGAGUCUGCUCUGCCUCUCCCAAACCCUGAGCCUCCCAAAUCUCCCUCCUCCCAGAACCACGAACCACAGACACAACAGACUCACUCCAAACAAGGAGGCCCUCAACAUCAACAACACCACAAACUGCCUAAUAAGAGGGAGCGCAAGCGUCUCCGGCAUCAGAGGCAAAGCGUUGAUUCAGACACCCCACUGUCGGAAGAGGUUAAGCAUGCAAAGGCAGAGGCAACACCGACUAGAGUGUCUCGGACCCCGUCUGGGGGGACCGCGGCAACUCCCUCCUUAUCAACCACCUCCACCCAGUCUACAGAGGCUCCUGCCACAGAGGAGAAGCAGGAGGGCACCCUGAAGCAGAAACGGGAGCAUAAGCCUGGAAAACCUGGGAAAUAUGUGUGUUCUUACUGCGGCCGUGCCUGUGCCAAGCCCAGCGUCCUGCAGAAACACAUCCGCUCCCACACUGGAGAGAGGCCCUACCCCUGUGCUCCCUGCGGCUUUUCUUUCAAGACCAAGAGCAACCUCUACAAGCACCGGAAGUCCCAUACCCACAGGGUGAAGGCCGGCCUCGCCUCUGGAGAGCCCAGUGCUUUAGAAGAACCAAUGCCAGUGUCAGAAGAUGAAACCAGACAGCCAUCGUCUGCUGCCUCCUCUAACUUGGAGAGACAUGGCAGUGUAGCCAAUGAGAAGACCCAAGAAGACACAGAGAGGUCUACAGAGCAGUCCAGCGGGAUGGACAACUCCUACGCCGUCAAGAAGAGGCUGGCCAUGCGUUUGAGCCGAGGGAAACGUGGCCCUCUAGGCUCGUCUGACUCGAUCAGUUCCUCGUUGGGUAUGGCGAGUAUAGGGAGUAGAGGCAGCACAGAGUCUGGCUAUUUCUCUCGCUCUGAGAGCACUGAGCAGUCGCAGGACAUCCCACCCAACGCAACAAGUGCCAAAAGCUACGCAGAGAUCAUCAUGGGGAAAUAUGGCCGUCUGGGCCACCUCCAGAGGAUGUCCCGGCAUCAGGACCAGCAGCCUUCUGGAGGCCAGGGACAGCAGGAGAAGAGCAGUCCGUUCACAGUGCCCAAGAAGCAGGUCAUUGACCACAUCACCAACCUCAUCACCAUCAACGAGGCUGUGGUGGACACAAGUAAGAUAGACAGCGUUAAGCCCAGGAGGUUCUCUCUGCCUAGGAGAAGUAGCAAUGAGUCUAACUCCAAGGUUUCUCUAUCUCUGAAAGAGCCACCGGUAGUCCACCACAGCACCAAAAACCCUGGAGACCUAGGGUUUAAGAGCAGUGGUUCCAUCACUAUGGGAGUUCCGUGUGAGAAGUUCCAUCAUCACCAGUCACUACACGUGGAUUCAACUGCAGGCCUGUCAUCCACUUCUAUGGCUCCUCUUCUGAGAAGCCUCUCUAUGCCCUCUGCUGCUAGUUCAACUGAUGCCUCCUCUAACGUCUUCCCACGAAACUUCCGCCUUAGCCAGUCUUUCGAUGAACGGUCUGAAACACAGUCUCGCCGCACUGGGAUGCUACGACGCCAGCCUGCUAUCGAACUACAACCCGGUGCUGAAUUCACUAAAGAGGAACAUAGUUUACACAGUAGCUCCAACACACUCUACAAUCACAAUAUGUCCAUCGUGCCUCCUGAUCACAAGCAGUGUCAACCAGAGCCAUACAAGUGUGAGUCCUGUGGCAUUGGAUGUAAGAACUGGGAAGGUUAUAAGGCACACAAGAGAAGUCUUUGUAUAGCACGACUUCCCCAAGAGAGUCUUGAUACAACAAUAUGCCAGCUGGACCGUUCACAGUUGAUACACUAUCCGAUUAGUAAACCAGGGGCUUUGGCAAUGCGCAAGAGAAGGAAAGAGGAGAGUUUUGAAUCUGAUGAUCCAUCCUCUCCUGUGUCUUUAUCCAUACCCACCUUCUCCACAUCGGUGCAAGGCAGAGACAGAAAAAGUGUAGCAUGCAGUAGAAACUCAUGGCCAUGGGUAGAGCAGGAUCGGGGAGACAUAUCAAAAUGUUUCUCAGUGAUUCAGCAUACUAGUUCAUUUGAGAAACAGGACCCAUUGUUUACAGACAGUCAAGGUAAAGAGGAGGCACAUUUUAGUUUUCCAUCUCAUGAGGAUGUGUCUCAGAAACAACCGCAGGAACACUCGUCCAAACCAACACCUCGCAAACUGGUGCGCCAACACAAUGUUCAAGUCCCGGAGAUAUUCGUCACUGAGGAUUCCAACACCAAUGUUAUUGAGUCUGUUCAGACACAGUCAGAAACAGCAUCCAUAAUGCCUAAACAGACUGAAAGGACAGACGAGUUCCAGUGGCCACAGAGGAGCCUCACCCUGUCUGGGGUCCCCAUCGAGAAGCUGCCCCCAAAGAAGAAACGUAUCCGUCUGGCCGAGGCCGCCCAGUCUUCAGGGGAGUCCAUGUCCAGCUUUGACUCCAUCUCCCUGCCUCGCAGCCCCAGCCAGGACAGCUGUGCAUCCCACGCAUCUAGCCGCUCUGCAUCCUUCGAGGAGUCCACCAGACCUGGAGACAUGGAGACCCUGGCUGGGACACCGUUGAGGAGGUCUAGGGCCCCUAACAUGUUGACCGUCCCAGGGCUGCAUCUUCACAAAAGGGAGAUGCGGCGGUCGGUCUCAGAGCAAGCACCUCACGACCCACAGCAGCAGUCUGUCCUGAUGGCGAUGUUGGAGAUGCGAAGCAAGUCCUUUGACUACAGCAGUUUGUCCCCUGAGCGCUCCGCGGCCGGCUGGAGUGACAGACGCAAAUGUCUCCUCAUGAGACACACUGUGGUCAAGGACCCAGAGGAGGAGCAGCCUGCCAAACCUGCAGAACUAAAGCGGAACCCCAGUCCCUCCAUUUCUGCCAAACACACAGCACUAAAGGUGAACAAUCCUUCUCACUGCAGCCCCAGUCCUGACCCUGUCAGUCCCAGCACUUCUUCCAGACUAAGCCCAGGUCCUCGACACCUUAGUGUAACUGCUGGUUCCCCUCUGUCAGGCGAACCCACAUCAUGUAACCCUGUACAAACUCUUUGCCAAGAGCCCCCCUCACAAUGGAAACUGGGUCAAAGUAUUAAUUUGACUGGACAUUGCUCUGAAGUCCUACCCUCAAAGAACUCUGUAGAAUCUCCUGACCCCCUCCAGAGGGUAACCCCAUCACCUCCCUGUUCAGGGAAACCUCUAAUUAUCUCCCUCCGUCCUGUCCACACCUACAUCCAUCCUGCCCAACCCCAACCCCGCCCUGUCUACCCUUCCCACUCCCUCCCCACCCAGUGCCGAUUAGGGAUAGCUAGGGCCCACUACCUUCCAAUGUCCACAGGCCUGAAGCUGGAGAUCCCAGUCCCAACGCACAUUCAUGAUGGACAUUCAGAGUUUGUAACACAUCCUCCGCAGAUACUUCACCCUCACCCUAACAUCUCACGUAGCCCAGAGUUACUCCGGCCCUCUAUAUCACCAGCAGUAGCAGUAGUCCGGCUACAGGCAGACACCAACACCCUAGCCAGUGCCAUAUACACCACUCUGUCCCAAACCACAACAUCUAGGUCCCAGGAACCUGUGUGUUCUGGGUUAAACAGUGGCAAUAGAAAUUCCCCAAUGCCUGAACAUAACAGCCACCUGGUCAUGACUCUGCCUAUAAGUAGCAAGAUGUUGUCUGAGACUCUGUUACCAGUCAGCCAGUUGGCUCUGCCUCCAGGCAACCACUUGGCUUUGCCUCUGCCUUCGGGCAGCCAGUUGUGGUCUGAUGAGGGCUGUAGAUCUUCGGGCUCAGGGAGCAACAAGCGAUUGUUAUCCCCUUCAAACAGUGUCGAUUUCAGCCCUGAGUCCAAACAGCAGCAGAAACGAGUGAAGGAGGAGGAAGAAGAGGAGAGUUGUGUAGGAAACGUAAUCGUGGAAACAUCCACAAAAGAAGAAAAGGUUGUGGUUCCAACAUGUUUACCUAGGGUGUGUACUCCAAUAAGUCAAGAAAGAUCUUCAUAUCCGACCCUCCAGUCCACCACCUCUCAUAGCUGGUGUUAUCUGAACUACGUCAAGCCAAAUCCUUCCACCUCCACCUCGACUGACCACCAGCCCUCAGUGUACUCCUCUUGGUCUACCAGCGAGUAUGACCCCAACCCUCCAGGCCUCUCCAGCAAGACAGCCCUGUCCCUGUUGGACUGCAAGCAGAGGGUCUGCCCCACCAUCUACACCAUGUCUCCCAUGUCAUCCACCCCGGCAGAGACCCCACCAGAGCCCACCGACAUGAAGACGCCAUGCCAUUCUGAGGUACAUGCCACUCUGCCCGGCGACAGCCACCGUGUCGAGACAACAGAGCAAGAGCAGUCCGCAGAGGACAAGGAGCUAAAGAAAGAACGAGAGGAGGAGGAAGAGAAGGAAGAGGAGGAAAAAGAAGCAGAGACCCAGUCAACCAGCAAAUGUAGAGAAGCUCCACCUCGAAUCUGGAUCUGUGAGGGAGGCUACAGGUCUAGUGAGGAGUAUGUGUACGUGCGGGGUCGAGGCAGGGGCAGAUAUGUGUGUGAGGAGUGUGGCAUCCGCUGUAAGAAGCCUAGUAUGCUGCGCAAACACAUCCGCCUGCACACCGACUCACGGCCCUACGUCUGCAAGCACUGCAACUUCGCCUUCAAAACAAAAGGGAACCUCACCAAACACAUGAAGUCCAAGGCCCAUGGGAAGAAGUGCCAUGACGGGCCAAUGACUGGUUCUGAGGCUGAAGAAGACUGCUCAGUCUGGCCAGAGACAGGACAGGACGAGCACCGGUACUCUGACAUUAGUGAAACUGAAGCAGACGACGAUGACAACGAGUAUGAUGAUGAUGAUGAUGAUGAUGGUGAAGAGGAGUCCUGGUCCCAUGAAGACCCUUCCACCACCUCAACAAGCCACCUGAAGCCACCCAAACCCCCAGACCAGAACAGAACCACACCAGACUGGGACAGGACCAGACCAUCUGGGUCAAGCCAGCACAGCCAGCCUCAGAGGCUGAGUCCCCAGGAGCCAAGCCUCUGUUACACUGCUGGUUCCCCCAGCAAGAAGAGAGCUCUAUCCUCUCGGAGUAGGCAACUGGACCCCUGUGGUCACCGCUCCCCAUUGCACUGUCCCUCACCAACUCCAGCAAUAUCUCCAUCCCUAUCCCUAACCAAUCAGCUUUCUCCUGCUCACUCCCUAUCCCCUAGAGCGGACCUGUCCCCUCUCCGAUGCCCCUCCCCCAAGCGUUACCUCUCCCCUGUCUCCUGCCAUCCCUCCCCUCCACCACUCUCAUCCCUGUCUCCUAGGCAUAACCUGUCCCCUGCCCCCUCCAACCCCUCCCCACCCUCCUCUCUGUCCCUGCUAGGUUGUCAUGUCUCCCCCUCCCUAGAGAAACAUCUGUCCCCCCUAAGAGGCCUCUCGCCUGUCAGGCCCAAGUCCCCCAGCUCCCCUUCCCCUCAGGCCACCAUCCCUGCUCAACACAGAGCCUGUCUGCCCAGAGACCCAUCUUCAAAUCCCCACAGGGACAGACCUGCUACGGCUACAAGCUCCAAGGCAAGGCUGCUGAAGAGCUACUCUGUUCAGGAGAACGACGAGGCGCGUCUCCCUAUCCUGUCCCCCAGGACUAGACCAUCCCGAGGGGGUCACGGUGGUGUCUUCAGCCACCUGCCUCUCCACUCUCAGCAGCUAGCCAGGACCCCCAAACUGAUGAUCCCCAUUGGGGGGAUCCACAUGGUACAGCCCAGGACCAGUCGUCACUACAGUCUGGUGACUAGCCCUGUGGCAUCACAGAACACCCCUACCCCGGCAAAGAUGGACCGGUCCAUGGCAGCCCAGAACACCUCUACCCAAGCAGGAAUAGACUGGUCCAGGUCAUCCCAGCACACUUCUACCUUAACAGGAAUGGACCGGCCCAUGACAGCCCAGAAUCCCCCUACCCCAGCAGAGAUGGACCACUCCAGGACCAGGGGAGCUGGACUGGAAGAAGGGCCACUUAGUAGGCCUUCAUCGCUGAAGCACCAUCAAAACCCUCUGAAAGAGGCUGCUGGGCCUAGCACAAGCAUGCACACCAGCUACCAGGACAACAGGGUAGGAGAGGGAGAGGCCGGGGCCAGACUGUCAGGACCUCUCCCAGACAAGGCAGGUACGGCCCAUGUACAGGUGUGCUCCAUGAGACCCGAGAAUCAUGGGAGUUUGAGUCAAAGGGAAGAAACUAAACUACUGUUCACUGGGACAGAGCUAGGAGGCAGCUCACACAGUCCAGGCGCCCGAACGAGCACGUUGUCCAAGGGAACCACACACACAGAAAGAGAUACAGAGACACACGUUAGAGGAGGAAGUGUUUUUUCAGUGACUAACCAAGGCCAAAAGAUGCCAUCUUCUUUCCAGACUAAACUCUGAUAGGAAGGAGCACCUUUAGGGAACAGUGCAACAAACUUGUCUUGGGUACAUCUGAUAUGGCAGCCUUUUUCCUACAUAGGGGAUACAGUGCCAUAUCAGACACAGACAUGGUCUCAGCGCUAGAAGCAAUUCUGCUUUUGAGACUGAAGAAGACGGAAGGAAUCCAAGUAGAGCACUCAGGAGCGUACGACUUCUGACUAUAAUGUGUCAUUAUAUUAUGUAAUUAUAUGAAUGAUAUAUAGAUACAGUUGAAGUCGGAAGUUUACAUACACCUUAGCCAAAUACAUUUAAACACAGUUUUUCACAAUUCCUGACAUUUAAUCCUAGUACAAAUUCCCUGCAUUAGGACAGUUAGGAUCACCACUAUAUUUUAAGAAUGUGAAAUGUCAGAAAAGUAGUAGAGAGAAUUAUUUAUUUCAGCUUUCAUUUCUUUCAUCACAUUGACAGUGGGUCAGAAGUUUACAUACAGUCAAUUAGUAUUUGGUAGCAUUGCCUUUAAAUUGUUUAACUUGGGUCAAACGUUUCAGGUAGCCUUCCACAAGCUUCCCACAAUAAGUUGGGUGAAUUUUGGCCCAUUCCUCUUGACAGAGCUGGUGUAACUGAGUCAGGUUUGUAGGCCUCCUUGCUCGCACACGCUUUUUCAGUUCUGCCCACAAAUUUUCUUUGGGAUUGAGGUCAGCGCUUUGUGAUGGCCACUCCAAUACCUUGACUUUGUUGUCCUUAAGCCAUUUUGCCACAACUUUGGAAGUAUGCUUGGGGUCAUUGUCCAUUUGGAAGACCCAUUUGCGACCAAGCUUUAACUUCCUGACUGAUGUCUUCAGAUGUUGUUUCAAUAUAUCCACAUAAUUUUCCUUUCUCAUGAUCCCAUCUAUUUUGUUUAGUGCACCAGACUCUCCUGCAGCAAAGCACCCCACGACAUGAUGCUGCCACCCCCGUGCUUCACGGUUGGGAUGGUGAUCUUCGGCUUGCAAGCCUUCCCCUUUUCCUCCAAACGUAACAAUGGUCAUUAUAGCCAAACAGUUCUAUUUUUGUUUCAUCAGACCAGAGGACAUUUCUCCAAAAAGUACGUUCUUUGUCCCCAUAUGCAGUUGCAAACCGUAGUCUGGCUUUUUUAUGAUGGUUUUGGCGCAGUGGCUUCUUCCUUGCUGAGAAGCCUUUCAGGUUAUGUCGAUAUAGGACUUGUUUUUCUGUGGAUAUAGAUACUUUUGUACCUGUUUCCUCCAGCAUCUUCACAAGGUCCUUUGCUGUUCUGGGAUUGAUUUGCACUUUUUGCACCAAAGCAUGUUCAUCUCUAGGAGACAGAAUGUAUCUCCUUCCUGAGCGGUAUGACGGAUGCGUGGUCCCAUGGUGUUGAUACUUGCGUACUAUUGUUUGUAGAGAUGAAUGUGGUACCUUCAGGAGUUUGGAAAUUGCUCCCAAGGAUGAACCAGACUUGUGGAGGUUUACAAUUUUUUGCUGAGGUCUUGGCUGAUUUCUUUUGAUUUUCCCCUGAUGUCAAGCAAAGAGGCACUGAGUUUGAAGGUAUGCCUUGAAAUACAUCCACAGGUACACCUCCAAUUGACUCAAAUUAUGUCAAUUAGACUAUCAGAAGCUUCUAAAGCCAUGACAUAAUUUUCUGGAAUUUCCCAAGCUGUUUAAAGGCACAGUCAACUUAGUGUAUGUAAACUUCUGACCCACUGGAAUUGUGAUACAGUGAAAUAUAAGUGAAAUAAUCUGUCUGUAAACAAUUGUUGGAAAAAUGACUUGUGUCAUGCACAAAAUAGAUGUCCUAACUGACUUGCCAAAACUAUAGUUUGUUUACAAGAAGUUUGUGGAGUGGUUAAAAAACGAGUUGUAAUGACUCCAACUUAAGUGUAUGUAAACAUCCGACUUCAACUGUAUGUUGAAUAUGCAGUAUAUGUUUUGCAAUCUUUUUUUAACCUCUUCUUUUGUUUGAUGUCAUUGAUGUUAAUUUAUUAUUGAUGUGCUCUUAUGCAAUUCUGUACUAUCCUCUGUGAGAGCUGGAAUGAAAUGUAGAUGAUAAAGAUUUUAUUUAGUUCAACUCUCCCCUCAUUGACACCUUUGAUAACUCUAAUACAUUAUACUACCCUUGCUGUGUUAAUACUGUAUGAUGUACAGGUGUAGGAUCUUAAUUUGACCUAUAUUGUCUCAGAUAAAUAAUCCUCCAGCAACAGGAUUUGAACGUUUAGACCAUAAUGUUGCAUGAUCGGUUGCUUGAUCGGUGGUUAGGCUAUUAGCUGGCCAAAAAUAGGCUACGAGAAAAGUGCAAUACCAUUAUUAUAACCGUGUAUUAGUGUGGGUUUUCAGUGAAUUCAUGUAAAUCACAAAGCUCAUCUGCAUUUCCUGUGGUGCAGGAAAAUUCUCAGCAACAAAAAGAGUGGUCAAAUUAAGAUCCUACACAGGUACGAUCAAAUAGAAAGGUACUAUAAAUCUUCUCACCCUGACCAGUAUUUUGAAGUGCAAUUUCUGUAAAGAUUGUGGCUUGAAAUGUCAUUGUUAAUGACUGUGAUUAUUUUUUAUUUAAUGUUAAGUUGGAAUCCUUAAUGGUGAAACAGCCACGUCCGUUUGCGAUAUUACAACAAUAAAGAAGUGACUGCAAACAAUGUACACUUUUUUUUUCUUCAGUCGGUACAUCGUUGGACGCGCGCUAGAACGGUGGAAUAUGUCCUGCAUGUUCUUUUACCACGCUGUGCGACGCUCGCCGCUUUGCUUCGUCAACAAAACAAAGCAACGACAGUGGCGCCGUUUCGCCACUACGGAUUCCAUCUUUAAAGAUUGCUCUUUAAAAAAAAUAUGUUAUAUGUUUGUUUUGAAGAAUCAGGGUCAGAAUAAUAUCUUAUUUUCUACUAUCUUGUUGAGACAAAAUAUUGGAAUAAUAAUACGCAUCCGUGGUAGAAAAGCUUACUGCACUCAUUGGAUAGUCAUAAAUGUAUCUUGUUUUGAUCAUCAGCUGUUCAUGGUGCAGUCUAUAUUUAUUGUCAUGAAUACAGUAAUAACAGGUCGUUUUUAUAAAGGAGGCAGUUUCCAUAUUUGUCAUGUUCAUGUAUUUUGCCAUUAAAACUCGUUUUUACAGAUUUAUAAUGAAA